AGAUUAAUUACUGUACAGCUAAAUUCUUUAAUUCUUUAUCUCAGCAAAACAUCACCGCUAGAUCAUUUAAUUAAUAAAUUCCUAUGGGCGGUCCCAAUAAAACAAUGUUGCUGUCCAUAUAUUUGUAGAAUAUGGGGGAAUCGAGUACAAUUCAUUACAAGGGGAUCACGUCAUUCAUUUCAAUAUUUUUGAGGAACCCCAAAUUCAUGCAGAAUUAUACAGAAUGUCGGUUGUAGAGAGGCUGGGUUAGACAGGUAGGUUUUACUGUAUAUUAAGCACACACCCAGUUUUUUUCCUAAAACAUUACGUAUUGCUUUGUGUUUUGUGAGUCGCGUGACUCCUCCUACCUAUGGGCUGGGAGAUUGAGAGAAAGAACGGGCAGCUGAGUGUAAACAAAACGUCUGUAUAAUUUGACAGCGUGAUUCUGUAUUAAAGAGAAAUCGAAUGAGGACUUUGUGAAACAAAAACAUGUAGAAUAUCUUCAGUCGAGGUCACAGCCCAAAAGGGUUGACAUUUGGGCAUUUUCUGCAAGGUUAUAAUAAUUCUGGAUUAUUAUUAUUGCUGAUUUAUUUUGCAUGAUGGCGUCCCCAGCAGAACAGGAGCUUACUUUGGCAGAAAAUGAAAGCAGCAAGGAAAAAGACCAAACGUUUGGCAUUCUCAGAUUACAAGAAGAAAAAUCGAACCAGGAUAAUACUGCCAGUAAGCAGGCGGGGGAUGGGAGGUGGCAGGCACCCAUAUUCGCAUUAGCCAGGAAAGCCUCGGAGACGCUGUCUGGAAGCAUCCACGUCCUACCGAAAACAGUUGAACAGAAUAAAACGUCUCCUCAUUUUUCCGAGGACUGGGUAUAUAAGGCAAUUAGAGAUCCCAUGGCAAUAGAACGAGCAAACUUGUUGAACAUGGCAAAACUCAGCAUAAAGGGACUGAUUGAAUCUGCUCUGAGUUUUGGUCGUACACUGGACUCCGAUUACCCCCCCCUCCAGCAGUUCUUUGUUGUAAUGGAGCACUGUCUUAAACAUGGCCUUAAAGUGAAGAAGUCUUUCCUGGGCUAUAAUAAAUCUCUUUGGGGACCCCUGGAGCUGGUUGAGAAGCUUUGUCCAGAAGCUGGAGAGAUAGCUGCCAGUGUCCGUGACCUGCCUGGGCUCAAGACUCCCUUGGGUCGUGCUCGGGCGUGGCUCAGGUUGGCUCUGAUGCAGAAGAAACUGGCAGAUUACCUGCGCUGCUUAAUUACCAGGAAAGACCUCUUGAGUGAUUUUUACGAGUAUUAUGCAGUAAUGGUAGAGGAGGAAGGAGCGGUUAUCGUUGGGCUGUUAGUAGGACUGAAUGUGAUUGAUGCGAACCUGUGUGUGAAAGGAGAAGAUCUGGAUUCACAAGUUGGAGUCAUUGACUUUUCCAUUUACCUCAAGAAUGACGUUGAUGAUUACAGAAGUGAAGAAAGAAAUGGACAAAUUGCUGCAAUGCUGGACCAGAAGAACUAUGUAGAAGAACUGAAUCGACAAUUGAAUUCUACAGUACAAAGCCUGCAAGGCAGAGUUGAUUCCAUGGAGAGGUCAAACACUAAACUGAUUGAGGAGCUGGCAAUAGCAAAGAACAAUAUCAUUAAACUACAGGAAGAAAAUCAUCAGCUAAGAAAUGAGAACACUAUGGUUUUGAUGAAAGCACACCAACAGCUAGAGGUGACGAAGGGUGACAUCGACAGUGAGCUGCACACAUACAAGCAGUCGAGAGAAGGGCUGGAUGAGAUGUACAAUGAAGCACGCAGACAGCUGCGAGAGGAGUGUCAGCUCAGACAGGAAGUUGAGAAUGAACUUGUGGUACAGGUGAGCAUGAAACAUGAGAUGGAGCUGGCAAUGAAGCUUCUUGAAAAGGACAUCCAUGAAAAACAGGACAGCCUGAUUGGUCUGCGGCAUCAGCUGGACGAAGUCAAAGCCAUUAACAUAGAGAUGUAUCAAAGAAUGCAGCGUUCUGAUGAUGGUUUGAAGCAGAAAAAUGACAUAAUAAGCAGGCUUGAGGAGAAGACCAAUCAGAUAACUGCAACCAUGAAGCAGCUGGAACAAAGAUUACAGCAAGCAGAGCGGGAACGCUGCACAACCGAGGAUGGGGCCAGGAAAUUCAAACAGGAAUUUGCCAAUAAGGCCGACAGCCUGCAAAAGCAGAUUUCCCAAAGAGAGAAGCAGCAAACUCAGCUGGAAACAGAUUUAAAAAUAGAAAAAGAAUGGAGGCAGACAUUGCAGAAUGAUCUUCAGAGGGAAAGAGAAACCGUAUCACAACUCACCACAGAGGCACAACAGAUCAACGGGCUUAAAAAGGAAUUUUAUACAUUACAAGAUGAAAAUUGUCAGCUGAAGAGAAUAUGUGAAGAGCAAGAACAAGCUCUCCAGGAGUUGGGCUACAAGCUCAGCGAGUCAAAAAUGAAAAUUGAAGAUAUACAGGAAGCAAACAAGACACUGCAGGGGGGGCAAGUGUGGCUAAAAGACAAAGAUGCUACUCACUGUAAACUUUGUGAAAAGGAGUUCUCAAUCUCCAGGAGAAAACAUCACUGUAGAAACUGUGGCGAGAUCUUCUGUAACGCCUGUUCAGACAAUGAUCUUCCUCUCCCAGCCUCACCAAAGCCAGUGCGGGUGUGUGACACCUGUCAUGCGAUGCUCUUACAGCGUUGCUCCUCCAACUUGGCAUGAGAACCAUGUCUUCAAAUGCUGUACAUGGUACACUACUAACACAGCCUUCAUUCGAAUUACAUGGAUUUUCAAGAGCAUUUUUUUAGUCUGCAAUGGAAGUGCACAAAGCCAAAAGUGAAACAAUGUUAAUCUCAGAUGAUAUGUUGACAGUUUACAUUACUUUAUCAAAAAAAUAAAUCAUUUCUACUAACAGCUCAUUAGCACUUGAACAUAAAUUACACUAUGUAACACAAUUUUUGUUCCUGGGUAGUAAGUGUUAUUUCCUAAUUGCUUAUG